AUGAUGAAAAAGAAGAAAACGAAAAAAGGAAGCAGUGAUGUUGUGAACAAGGGGAAAGGGGAGGCGGGUAAUCCACUGCGCCAUUUGGCAAAGGAGGGUAAUGAUGGAUACGCCGCAACGAGAGAGAUCACCAUAGAGGGGGAAAUGUCCACAAUUGAGGAUAUCCCCAAAAGGGAGACGAGCAACAUCAGUGUGGAAGGGGAUCCCACGCUCCACCAAACGAUAAGCACCCCUGCCAAUGGAGAAUCCAAUUCGGAGGGGGGACAGCAGAUCCUCGAAGAAGACCCAGAACAGUACAAAUACGACGAGCUCUACGAAGAAACAUUACUGGGGGGAGAAGAAGAAGAAAUGAGCGACAUAUCGACAGACGAAAUGCUGAGCGGCAUGGAAAGUGAAAGUGACACGGACAUGUCGGAGGAAGUGAAGCAGUUUACCUCAGGAGGAAAACUCAUGUACAAAAAUUUUUACAAUGACGAAAUUAGUGCGUUGUCCGAGGAGAUACAGGAGAAGGAAAAAAUGCUGGAAGAAACUAAUAAGACAAUAUGGAACUUAAAAAAUAGAUUCCUCAAGUUGGAAAAAUAUAUCAACAGCAAAAAGAAGGAAGUAACAAAAAAAAAGAAAAUAGUGGAGGAAAAGAAAAAAAUCGAAGAAGAAGAAAGUGGAGCGUGUGUAAAUAUCCAAGCGAAGAAUCAAUUUUUGAUCAGACAAAAUGAAAAGCUAAAAUAUGAGAGAGAGAAAAAUAAUGAAAAGAUCAUAAAAACACAGAACGAUCUUAUACAGUGUGAAAACAGUAUAGAAGAAAUGAAAGAGAAAUUAAUCGAUAAGGAAAAGGAACUAAAGGAAUGGACUCUCCAAAUUGAUAAACUCCAAAAGGAAGAAUUCGAAGUGGAGAAAUUCGCCUUAUGCCAAGACAAGGAAAUUGAAAACAUGACAUACAAAUUGGAGAAGCUAAAUUUGGAGAGAGUAGAACAAGAUAAAAAAGUUAACAUAAUGAAGACAAAGAAUAUGCAACUACACAUGGAGUUGCAAGCAAACAUAAAAGAAAAUGACCAAAUGGAAGAAGAAAAAAAAACUUCGAACCAAGUGGAAGUGUGUUGUAGACACUAUAAUAACAGAGACCAAACGAUUUUCAAAUUUGAAGAAGAAUUCAGAAAAUAUGCAAAAAAAAGAGAAAAACUAACGCAUAAAUGUAAGGCGAUAAAUGAACACAUCGAAACGCAGAGGGGAAAGAACCACAUACUGAGUGACCAACUAAAAAGGGAAGAAACAAACUUAAAUAAAAUAAAGAGAGAACAGAGCAAGGUUCAAGAAGAACUGAAGAAGGUAUAUGAUGAGAAGGAUAUUUUGCUCAAAGAUUUGGAGUGCGAAAAAAUCACAGCCAGGGAAAAACUAGAAGAGAAAAAAAAUCUCCAAGUUAGCCUAACCGAGUUGGGAAAGACACUCCACAAGCUAGUCCAAUCAUUUGAAGAGUCCAGGAGAGAAUACACCAAGGAGGAACUGAACAGUGUAGAGAAGAACCAACUUAUAAAAUCAAGCGAACAGAUACUAAUCGAACAAAAUGGCAAGCUAGCCAAGCUGAAUGCAAAAAUAAAAAUGCUAGAUGAAGAAAAAUUUAAAUUGCAGGAAAAUUUACAGAAAAGCAAAAACGAAUACACCAUCUUGGAAGCAGAUAUGGUUGGAACACAAAUAAAAAUUAAGCAAAUGAAAAGUAACAUAAAAAAAAUGGAACAAGAAUUAGAAAGGCAAAAGGAGAUUCUCUACAAAUUUGAUUUCCAAACACAAGUGCUAACGAAGAAACUUAAUGUAGCUUCCGGGAUUAGCACCUUUGAAAAAAAAAAAAGUCAGAAAAAAAUAGACACUCUGGAAAAGGAAUUCACCAGGUAUGAAGAAAUAUACACGACCAUUAACAACGAAAUGAAACGGAUCAGUGUGGAGCUGAAAAAUAUAAAAAAUCAGCAGAUGUGCAUGAAGGAAGAAAAGGGAAACAUUUUGCAAGACACAGAAAAACUGGAGCUUGAAAUUAAAUCCCUAGAAAGCACCGUCAUUGCCCAAAAUAAAGAAAAAGAAAAUAUCAUGCUCAUCGAAAUGAACCUAAAAAUCGAGUUAGACAAAAUGAAGGAGAUUUUUUCCAACAAUUUAGAUAGCUUAAAUCUUUUGAAAAAAAAAAGAAAAGAAAAUGUCCAAAAUGAAAAGCUAAACGAACAAGACAUGAAUGCACACGUCGACUCGCUCAAAGUGAUCGUAAAAAAUAUGAGCGACGAAUUGCAUAAGCUAAAUCUGCAAGUGCACGACAAAAAAAGUAGGUGCAGCAAUUUGGAGCUCAAGUUGGACGCUAUAAAUGUCCGCAACGGGGAGGAGCAGCAGCAUCAGCAGCAUCAGCAGCGGGAGCAGGACGAGGCUAGCCGACACGGCCGACCAGACAGAUCCCACCAACCAGACCGCCCCGACCUUCAAGACAACAAACACAUUCACUACAAAAUAAAGAUAGAAGAAGACAUUUCCAAGUUGAAGCAGGAGAUAGAGACUCUAGAUGCACAUAUCGAAAAAGAAAACCAGCAGGUGGACCAGUUCCAGAAGACGCUAAAUGAGAUAAUUCAGACAAACAAAACCUUCAGUGAUAAUAUAAAAUGCAUCGACCCGCAGUACAAAGAGCUUUUAAAAAAAAACAAAUUAAACAAAAAGUGCAACCAAAUUAAGGAGGACAUCACCUCUAUAGAGAAGGACAUAAGUGUGUACAAAAAAAAAAUCAACGGAGUGGAAAACGAGCUGAAUUAUGUACUCACGGAUGCUAGAAGUGUGGAAGAUAAAGUCACUGCUUUGCGAGAAAAUAGCCGUAAAAUGGAGGGAACCAUAAACGACAUAUUCGUCAAAAUCGAGAGGGCAUCCAAUCAGCUGCGUGCCAUCGUCGGUGCCAAGAAGAAGCCGAUGAGUAGUCAGUUGGGAGCUUCCCGGAGCGACGACGAUGGGGAAGAUACCCCAGCUGGGGGGGGUGCCCCAACGGGCGGAAGCACAGACAACCGCGACGAGCAAGUCCCAUUGGAAAAGAGAGUCUUCAAGCAAAUACAAAUGGAGUCCCUAAAGGAGAAGCUCGCCCUCCUCUUUGAGUGCUUCAAAAGUCACGGCGAUAACGCAGUCGUUCGGGAGAUUUACCACGUUAUAGAGGCCUCCGAAUGA